AUGCAACGCCUAUGGUCCCGCGCUGCUCCGGCGCAGUCGACUUGUCGAUGCGUCUCUUGUCUGAGUACCAGCUCAGGAGGAUUAGCGUCAAGGGCAACGUCGGCGGCGAGUAAGCGUCGUCUUCGGAUUGGGAAUUCAGUUACAGCGUUGUACACGAGUAUAUUCGCUGCCGCAGCUCUGGCAGAUGCCCAGGCUAAAGAUAAACGGCGUCUCGAAUGGAAGGAAAAAAUCGCAGCUGUCAAGGAGGAGGUCAAUGAACUUGUGGAUGAGGAACAACGCAUAUUGAAGGCCUUGAAGUCACGAGGGGAGUCCAAAUCCUCCACUGGAUUCUCCUACACAUCACAAUACAGCCCUUUUUUUCGAACGUCCACCGAGAUAUUCCCCAGGCAUUUGAGUCGCCCGCCUCUUCGCUCAUAUCAUUCGGGAGCCACUGUGGAGAAGACAGUAACGGAUGCCAGCGAGUACUUUGGUGGAGAUGCUGGGGAAGAAUCAACCACGGUCCAAGAGAGUCUGGGGGACGUCGUCCAAGAGUCCACCAGUACACCCAUCCAAGAUAAUUCACGGGCACCACCCACGAGUUCAUCCGAUAAUUCAUUUCAAAAUAUCGCAGAUGGUGAUUCUGAAAACUGGCAGGAUAUGAAAUCAAUUUCAGAGCUAGUUGGGGAGAGCGAUGAUCCAUUCAAUUUGAGGGACGAAAGAGGUUUCAGUUAUGAGGAUAACACAGUACCGGAAUGGCUUGCAAGGGAUAUAGUCCGCAUGAAAGCCAUACGAAAAAUCGCUUUGAAACAGCUUGCCAUCCGAUUGUUGCUGCGUCCGAAGAUUGCCCAUAACUACCUGGGUCUUCGGGCACGGUAUGAUUCUGAUUCCUCACAGCCUCGGUUUAGAACAAGUGACCUUCUAGCCGAGCUUGGUAGUCUUCGGCGCAGAAUGCUCCGACUCAAGACCAGACGGGAUGCCGAUAUCGAUGAUUUAACGGUAGAUAUCCGGACGCGCAAUAUGAAGGAUAUGCAGCAUGAGAACCUUAAGCUGGAUCGACAAGUCCGAAGCGAUACCGAGAACUACCUAAUAGGUGACAUGUCCCUUGAUGAACUUCUCAUAAGAUUGGCGAACAACCUAAUGCAGACUGGUGAUCCGGAUCGAACAUAUACCCUGAGGUUGAUGCUCCUGGCGUUCACCAAGACUCGCCAGAAUGAUCUGGGUGACUUGGUUUUAAAGGCGCUACUGCCUAAUAAGUUCCCGCUAUCUUCUUCUUUGAUUCUUGCCAUAUUGAACUUCUACUAUAAAUCGAAAAACCUGAAAGGCUUCGAUUUGUUCUUGGAAAUGCUACGAGGGGAUAGUUACCCCGUGGACAUGAGAAAUCUUGGUUACUACAAGCGAAAGGUGAUCAAUGGUGUCGAAAUUUCAGUUCCCCCAGUGAGCUCCGCAAAUGCUGUUGUCUAUUCCACACUGAUUAUGGCAUCCUUACGCUUUGAUCAGCCUGACCGGGCUGAUGCUUAUCUUCAAGCUGCUAGAGCAGCGGGGUACAUGGAUAGUUUCCCCGUUCUCAACGCAUAUCUCAAGUUUUACACUAUCCGAGGUGACUGGGAAAGGGGUCUGCAAACCAUAAAAAGGACGCUAGCUUUCAUAGCUUCCUCCACAGAGCACUCGGUCGAUCAACUCGAAAGGCUGAUCGCAUUGAUGGUGCAUUUAUGUGACUCAUGCAAAAAAUACAAGGUUUCUGAGGCGAUAAUCACCGCGGCAGUGGAGAGUGGAUUCGAUUGGAGGUCGGCCGAGAAGCAAGAAGACAUCGAAUUUUCGUCAGACCCUCAUUUCCAACGAUGGAAAGUUGUAAGGGACUCUUCAUCACAUGAGAUGCAAGAGAAGCCUGGGUGGGAAAAGUGUUAUACUUUCGUCAACACAAUAUCUGAGCAACUGAACGAUCUCUCCCUACCCGAGACCGACUCUGCACGACGGUGGCAAAAACUGAUGGGAACCUACGCUCAAGAAGUCCUUUCAGCUGUGGUCUCUGGUGCCCCUGCCCAGUAUAACGAGUCGAAAAUGAGCGCCGAGCAAGAGAACCAACCAAAAGGGGGCUCUCAAUCGAACCGGGACUACGAAACGCUGUACAGGGCCGAAAACAUGGCCCAGGCACACCAGCAGGAGAUUUCAAGUCUCAAGGAUGAAGUCGCACAGCUGAAACGGAUGGUUUUCGAACUAAGCCAAACCACAAGCAACAAGCCUGCAGCUGUACAUGGACAACAGCCCCCUCCCAAUGGCCUGGGACAAUUGAAGAAUCAGCUUACUUCUGCGAAACCCGCUACCCUAGAAGGACCGAGACAGGUAACUGUCCGAUAUUUGGGAUCCUGA